UCGUCGAACGUUCGGCUCGCAGUUUUUCGAGUUUUCUGACAAUCAAGUCAAGUGGCCGAUCAGCUAAUCAUUCCAUUCCGUUUUCGUUUCCGCGGUGAGUCGUUUUCCUGCAGUUCGGGAAUCCUUGAAAAAAGCAGCAAAGUAUUCUGCGCUGCCGGUUGCAUCGUUUCUCUGAAUUCACGGAGCUACUAAUUGGAUACUGUCGGUCCAUAGCGGUAGCUUUCAAUUUCCGAUCGGGUGCAGUAUUUUAGUGUUUAGGAGAAGAACGGAUUCGAACGAUGGCUGAUCGGCAAAAUGCUGCGGUUGCAACGGAGGACGUUAGACUUGACAAAGACAAGAAUGGGGAAACGGCACCCGUUGCCGUCGCAGCCGUGGACGGUGGAAAGGCGGCCAAGGCCAAAAAGAAAAGGAAGAAUAAACAGCAGCAGCAACAAUUGCAGGAUGGUCAGCAGAUUAGCGGUUCCGAAGCUAGUCCGGUGUUUUUGACCACUGCCGGUCAAGAUGAGGCGGCUCCGUCCGGUUCUGGAAUUGCUUUACCCGGGCCAGGCCAACUCCCAAGUCAGGAUAUGUUGAUGAACGUGAUAGAGCAGCUGAAGCUCAAUUCGCUGAAGCCCGCGAAAACUCAGGAAGAAGCUCUAAACAAGUCAUUCAAAUUCUGGUCUACCCAGCCUGUUCCUAAAAUGGAUGAAAAGAUUGCAGUCAACGAACCGAUUGAAGCCGACAAGCCCAUGAGCGAGAUUCGCGAGGAACCGUACAGCCUGCCGGAAGGCUUCACGUGGGAUACGAUGAACCUGGAGGACCCGCUUCAGCUAAAGGAACUCUACACGCUUCUGAACGAGAACUACGUCGAAGAUGAUGACGCCAUGUUUCGGUUCGAUUAUCAACCCGCCUUCCUUAAAUGGGCCCUUCAGCCGCCCGGAUGGCGCGCCGAAUGGCACUGCGGUGUGCGGGUCGUCAAGUCCGGUCGGCUGGUGGGAUUCAUCUCGGCGGUUCCCGGGACUUUGAAUGUUCACCGGAAGACCCAAAAAAUGGUCGAGAUUAACUUCUUGUGCGUCCAUAAAAAGCUGCGCUCGAAACGAUUGGCGCCGGUGCUGAUCAGAGAGAUUACCAGAAGGGUCAACCGAACUGGUAUAUUCCAAGCGGUCUACACAGCCGGAGUCGUGCUGCCUAAACCAGUUUCUUCCUGUCGCUAUUGGCAUCGGUCUCUCAAUCCAAAGAAAUUAGUUGAGGUUAAAUUUUCCCACCUUUCGCGCAACAUGACGAUGCAACGAACGAUUAAACUGUAUAAACUGCCGGACGCCCCGAAAACUCCCGGCUUUCGCAAGCUGCGCGAGUCGGACCUGAAAGCCACCCACGAGCUGCUCGAACGGUAUCUGGUCGGGUUCAACCUAACGCCGGUGUUCGACGAGGAGGAAUUCCGCCACUGGUUCUCGCCCCAAGACGGCAUCAUCGAUUGCUUCGUGGUGGAAGAUCCGGCCACCGGCGAAAUCACCGACAUGGUCAGCUACUACACGUUACCGUCUACCGUCAUGCAUCACGCCGUCCACAAGUGCGUCAAGGCUGCUUACAGCUUCUACAACGUAUCGACCAAGACGCCCUGGCUGGAGCUGAUCAACGAUGCCCUUGUCUCGGCGAAGAACCUCAAUUUCGAUGUGUUCAACGCCCUCGACUUGAUGGAAAAUCGGAAGUUUUUGGUGCCGCUCAAGUUCGGCAUCGGUGAUGGCAAUUUGCAGUACUAUCUGUACAACUGGCGUUGUCCGAGCAUGCAACCGGAGGACGUGGGUUUGAUUUUGCUGUAAAAGUUGAAACGGACCAAAGACGCUUCGGAACACGUGGGAAAUUUAGGUCACGGGCUGAGUUUUAUUUUUUUCUGUAAUAGGUACUAAUAAUAUCCGUUAGGUACGCAGCGAGGACAUGCGGAAGGCGAGGGUGGUGAAAUUAUAGGAUUGAAAGUAAGUCUUAUAUUAUUGAGUAAUGUAUCAUGUAUCAAAUGUAUGUUAUCGAACAAGAAAUAUAAGAAAGGAAGAGCUGGAAGACGACGGUUCUGAAAAAAACAACGUACAUAUUACGCAAUAAUGAAGUCUAGAUCUUGUCCAAUUUUGAAGCCUUGAAA